GGAGUAAUUGUAUCUUCCUGAAAUAUUAAAAAAUCUGACGAGUGUGCCGGCAGGACAAGCUCCUAAACAAGACAAUGCCGUCCUUUGACUAGUGCUUCUCUCCGAGGGGACUCCAUUAGAAUCACAACAGGCAGCGAUGUUGGUGGCGGGCGCAGCCCUACUACUGGUGCUGCUCUGCCCGGCUUCCCACGCCAAGAUAGGAUACUUCUGGCAUAUUACGGACAUCCAUUACGACCCAAAGUACGAUCGCAACGGUGACCCUAAAUCCAACUGCUGGCGAUCGGACACUGGUCGAGCAGGAGGUGUAGGUGGCGCCUCUCCUGGCCAGUUGGGAGACUACCGCUGCGACGCCCCGUGGGACCUGGUCGAGUCUGCUGUGCGUGCUAUGAAGAGCAAGCACGGUGACAACAUCGACUUCAUCCUCUGGACGGGGGACGGCGCUUCGCACGUGGGCGCUCGAGGCCAGGAGCAGCAGCUAUCGGCGUUGCAGAACAUCACGGCGCUUCUGCGGCAGUCGUUCAGCAGCCAGUUCGUGUUCCCCGUGCUGGGUCACGAGGACGCGCCCGGCGCCUACCACAACCUCACGCAGCUCUGGAGCUACUGGCUGCCGUCCGAGGCGCUGCACACCAUGCGCAAAGGCGGCUACUACACGAUCGAGCGCAAGGAGAGGAAGCUGCGACUGAUUCUGAUCAACACCAACCUCUACAUAGGCGUGGGCGGCGCCUCCCAUGGGUCCGACGACGACCCGGCGGGUCAGUGGGCGUGGCUGGAGAACACGCUCCAGAAGUCGCUCAACAACAGGGAGACGGUGUACAUCGUGGGCCACGUACCUCCCGGCGGUGACGAGCGGACGAGCGGCCUGGUGACCCCGCCGGCCCGAGCCGUCUUCCGCGAGCGCUUCAACGCUCGCUACCUGGAGCUGGUGCGCCGCUACAGCUCCAUCAUCGUGGGCCAGUUCUUCGGACACCUGCAUGCGGACUGCUUCCGCGUCGUCUACGACACGAGUGGUGUUCCCGUGUCGUGGAUUAUGGUGGCUCCGGCCGUCUCUCCUCGCAGGGGCCACGGCUCGGCGACCAACCCAGGGCUUCGCCUCUACAAGUUCGACACCGACACGGGGAAGGUGUUGGACUACGCACAGUACUUCCUGGACCUGCAGCAAGUGGCGGCGCGGGAGGCGUUGGUUCAGCAGCAGCAACAGCAGCAGCAGCACCAGCACCACCACCACCACACGCCACACGCCGACGAAUGGCAGCUCGAGUACAACUUCACUUCCUACUACGGCGUCCACGAGAUCUCGCCGGAGGCUCUCGCUGGCCUCGCCGAGGCCUUCCCGGACCCAGCACGUGCCAAACUAGCCAACAAGUAA